CCUGCUGCGAUUAGGAUUUAGGAACGAGGGCCUCCGGCGGCGGAGGUGGGGAAACUGGUGGUGGAGGGAGGCGCUCUCCUCUUUUCUCUAGCCCAACUAGGGCUAGGGCUCUGUUGUUCUUGGCACCGGUUGAGAAUGAGCCCCUCCCCCCUCCGCCGUUCUCCUGCUCCGCGACCUCACGCGGAGUUGAAUUCUGCAAAAAAGGAACGGUUUUAAUGUGUGCAGACUGGCUUGUCUGUUGCUCGCGUUAUCUUUCUGUUUCUUCGCAGUUCAUCCAUUCGUCUCGUGUCUGUUCAUGAUGGAUAGUUCAUCCUCUGUCUGGUGUUUGUUGGUCCAGAAAUGAGAGCUGAGGUCGAAUAUGUAUCCGCACCAACACCUAGGGUUAACCCAGGUUCGGAGUACCGGAUAUUCGGGUCCAUAUCGGUCUCGCUUCGAUGCAUCCAAUGUCGGAUAUGCGUGUGGUUAUAUGGGAUGGAAAAAUGUCUGUCUUGUUUUGGUUAGCCUUACUUAUACCAUGCCUUUUCGGCACCAAAUUGAACGAACGGUGCUUGCGCAUGGCAAAUACGGGGUAUAUCAUUCCAAGUUUGCUGUCUGGUUGACCGCGAAAUAAACUAUUCAAGACAGACUCACAAAAUCCUUACGGUAACAUAACGGAGGGCAUUAUAUACACACACAUGCUUAUUUACAGAAGUUAUGCAUAAUUUUGAUCAUUUGAUGAAGUUAUGCAUAAUCUCUCUUCCUCAGUUGCUUUUCUGGGGUUCUUACCAUGGAUGGAUCCAGCCGCCGUCUGUCGGUGCGAUUUGUCCAGGGGAUUCUUGCGCAAAUAAUGAUUUUUUUUUCUUGUCCAAGUUCCUGCAUUGCUGCCGCUGUUGUUGUGUGGUAUUAUGGUCGCGGCCCUGCUUCGAUUAGGAUUUAGGAAUUGAGGACCUUUGGUGGCGGAGGGGAAAUUGGUGGUGGAGAGUGACACUUUUCUCUUCUAGCACUACCAAGGGUCUGUUCUUAGCACUAGUUGGCAAUGAGCGCCUCCCCCCUCCGCCGUUUUCUGUUCCACGACCUUCUGUGAAGUUGAAUUUGUAAAAAAGGAAUGAUUUUAAUGGAGGCCGUGUCUGUUUCGAAGCAAUAUCUGAUGUGUGUUACUCGCGCUAUCUUUCUUUCUGUUGUUUGCAGUUCAUCCGAUCAUCUUGGUUCUGUUCUGGAUGAACUAGUUCAUCCUUUGCUGGUGUUUGGUGGUCCAGAAGUGAGAGAUGAGGUUGAAUUUGUAUCCAAACAUAGUUUUAACCAAGUGGCAUUGCGGAACAACUAAGGAAGCAUGGCGGAGGGUGGUAUUGUGGUAGCCAUUUGCCAACAUGGUGGGGAGUUCACUUCUGGUCCCAAUGGGAAUUUGAUUUACAAAGGAGGAGAAGCGCACGCUGUUGACGUCUCUCGGGAGAUGUCCCUUGACAGCUUCAAGGAUGAGGUGUCCAAAGUGUUCCAUGUUGAUGUCACCGACAUGUCAUUCAAGUACUUCCUUCCAAACAAUAACAGGACGCUCAUCACAAUCUCCUGCGAUAGAGAUUUGCAACGGAUGGUUGAUUUUACUGCUAGUGCUGCCCAAGCAGAUGUUUUUGUGAUAAGUAGAGUGGACAACAGGAGUAUUGUAACCCACACUGGAGCUUCCACUGCUAAAGCUGGAUCUAAUGCACAUGGUGACAAAAGGAAAAGGCCAGUCUCCAAAAACAAGGCAUCCAAAAGUAACAAGAAGACCGCCAAUGCUACUGGUGUUGUAGUUCAAGCUGAUACCAAUGAUCUCAAUCAACCUACCAAUGAUCUCAAUCAACCUACCAAUGAUCUCAAUCAACCUACCAAUGAUAUAAAUCAACCAAGACCUUUGGUUACCUUGAAUGAUUACAACGAGGAUUUUCCACUGGAAUUUGGCCAUGAUGUUGCCUUUCCCACCACAGCUGGAGCUAUUUCCUCUGCUCCAGACGAUCUGAAUCAUGAGAAGCUUGCUCUCGUUGAUACCACACAAAGGGAACCAAUUGGAUAUUUUGAUGAUGCAAUCAAUGUAUAUGAUGGUUCUGAGAUCAUAAUAGAUCCUCCACAGGAACUUACCAAUAAUCCUACUUUGUUUUGGGAAGACAUUAUCAAAGGUGUUGGUCAAGAAUUCGAUAAUGUGAAGGAUUUCCGAGCUCAGUUGUGCAAGUAUUCCAUCGGCAAAGGAUUUGUGUACCGAUUUAUUAAGAAUGAAACCACCCGUGUCACUGUAAAGUGUGUUGCAGAUGGCUGCACCUGGCGAUUACAUGCAUCCGAGUCAUCUCGCAACAAGAAAUUUGUUAUCAAGAAAAUGACUGAUGAGCAUACAUGUGGAGGAGAAGGCGGAGAGGGUCAGCGGCGAGCAACAAGACAGUGGCUGACUACCAUCAUUAAGCAGAAACUGCGUGAGAACUCAUUGCUCAAACCAAAGGAUCUUGUCAAGGAAAUACAUGAAGAGUAUGGAGUUAUGCUGACCUAUUCACAGGUUUGGCGAGGUAGAGAAGUGGCGCAGAAGGAGAUGUUUCAUGUUCAGAGGGAGGCAUCAGGCCAUUUGCCCUGGUAUGGGGAUAGGCUUAUGCAGACCAACCCAGGGAGUAUACUUGACUUGUCUGAGUUCUCUGAAAGCCGACGCUUUAUUUUUGCAUUCCAUGCUUCUUUGGAAGGCUUUGCAAAGGGGUGCAGGCCCCUCCUUUUUCUUGACAAAGUUCCUCUCAAAGCGACAAAUGAGUACAAGUUGCUGGUUGCCGCUGCAGUUGAUGCAGAUGAUGGUAUCUUUCCAGUUGCAUUUAAUGUGGUUGAAGAUGAUAAUUACGAGAACUGGGUUUGGUUCUUGAUGAAGCUGAGGAUUGCUCUCCAGUAUCAUAACUACCCAUUGAAUGCUAUGACAUUCUUGUCCAAUGGACAAAAGGGUCUGGAGGCUGCUGUCCCAGAUGCAUUUGAAGGUAGCCACCAUGCCUUCUGUUUGCAUCAUAUCAUGGAGGAUUUCAAAGGAGAACUGAAGAAGGGACCAUGGUCGCAACAGAUAAGAGAUGUGAUGGUUGAGGAUUUUACUCGUGCAGCCCAAGCAUGCAGCAUUGAUGAUUUUAAUGCAUCAAUUGAGAGCAUAAGGAAUAUAUCCACUGAAGCUGCUGACUGGAUCAUUGCGAGUAAGCCAGAGCAUUGGUCAGACGCCAUCUUCAGAGGCUGUCGGUAUGACCAUUUCUCGUCGAACAUUGUUGAUGCGUUUAAUAACUGGAUACCAACAAAGAGGGAGGGGUCGAUGGUGCUGAUGGUAGACUCUCUGAGGACAAAAAUAAUGGAGACAAUAGAAGCGAGGCGUGAAGCCUGCAAGUCAUGGGAAGGGCCUUUAACACCUUCCAUUGAAUACAAAGUGCAGGAUGAGAUUUCCAAGGCCGGCAAGCUGACCGUGCUAUGCUCUUCUGAGACCGUGUUUGAAGUGCGGGGCAACGGUAUUUUUGUUGUUAAUCUCGCGACUUGGGAGUGCACCUGCCGGAGGUGGCAACUUUCUGGCCUCCCCUGCAUGCAUGUUAUUGCUGUGUGUAACAGGGUUGGGCGGUCGUUCUACGCCUACUGCCCAAAGUUUUUCACAACAGACAGCUACCGUGAGACAUACUCAGGAACAAUCUACCCAAUUCCCGACAUGGACACCUUUGAUUUUAGCGCUGCGGCAAUGGUCCCGCCUCCCAGGCCACGGGCAUCAGAUAAACCGAGAAGGAAGCGGUUUAACCCCAACAAGACAACCACUCUUAUACGGCUCUGUAGCAGGUGCAAGCAAGUAGGGCACAACAAGGCCACCUGUGAAGCUGCUUUUCUGUAGACAAAGGAAUUUCUUUAUCUGCAGUAUGUAUAGCAGGUUCACCCAGAGGCGGCUGAUGAAAGAGAGAGCUUCCCAGCGAAAAUAGGAAGAGAGAAAGAGAAGGCUUCCCGGCAAAAGAAGGAAGAAGUAGAGAGAGAGCUCAUGGUGGUGCCUGUUGUAUGUACAGUAGAUGGAGAGAACCAAAGAAGGGGGAUGGGUAAUUACUGUAGAAGACAUGCAUGAAUUGACACCGUUGUUGUUUGUUUAUAUGAUACGAAGGCUGUAACUUGGAGAGGUUUCUUUAGUAGUGGUGGUUGACUAGAGAUGAUGGUUAAUAAAUGUGCUACAUCUUUGGACAGUGUCA